GCUGGACCCCACUGCUGUCGUGGAAAACAGUUUCAUAUUUGCUAAUUGGUAUAUUUUCUGGAUAUAGUGAAUAGCAAAAGAACAUUGGUACAAUCGAGGAACUGUGUUUGUUGAUGGUGCCCCAAUUGUGCUUGUGUUACGGAUGUGAUGUCGUCAACAAAGAUGUCGUCUGCGAUGAAUCAGGAUUAUACGCUUGGCUCCUUGCGAUUGAAAUUGCUGGAGACAGACUUGCGAGUGAAAGCGAUCAUCAUGGAUAUCAACAAUUUUCGUGGCACCAUUGUUGAACUGGAAAUAUUGAACGAAGCGGGCCGGGAAAAGUUGGCUGAACUACGAAAAUGCAUCGAGCAGCUGGAAGAUCUGGCACACGAUGAAAAUGACGGCACUAUUCUGCAAGAUGUUGAGAAGUAUCGCGCACAGCUGUUCAGCACCCAGCAAGCGUUCCGGAAAGCUAAUAUUACCGCGAUGCUGGAGAUCUCGAAGGCCAACAAGGAGGAACUGUUCGCGUUGCGGCCGGAUGCGAGUGAGGUUCGCAAGCGCCACACGACCAGCUCACUCGGUUCGAAAGCGGUUCGCAGCUCCGCGCUGCUGAUGCAGCAUGAAAGUGUCACCGAACGGAUGCACUCGAUCUCGCAGCAGCUGUUCGAGACGACACAAAAGUCCGCGGCAACGCUGGAUUUGCUGGUCGCAAACAGCGCGACGGUGCAGAGUACGGCCGAUGAGCUGCUGCAAACGGCUGGCACGAUAAAGCAGUCGCACAAAUUGCUCGAAAAAUACAGUCGCCGCGACUGCACCGAUAAAAUAUUGGCAGCUUUCGGACUCACACUCUUCCUAGUCAGCGUGAUUUAUGUUUUAUCGCGUCGAUUAUUCUAGGGAUGCAGGUUUAGUAAGCCUCAGGGAUUGGGUGGGUUAAUUCAUAGUUUUUUGCGAUAUGAUCCGAUGGAUCUUUCGCCACGCUGCUUCGAUUAGUUUGUCCACUAGUUCUACGAGUUGUUGUAUUAACCUCUUCACAGUUUUGCCCAUGCAUGCGGAUGGCUUUCGUACUGCUUUGCUUGAGCCUGAAGGUGUUAACUAUAACUCCUCUUCUACAUCGAGGUCUUCUUAUACCUCGAUUAAACAGCAGGCGUAUUUUAACUAGAAUGUCCUAUCUUUUACAGCUUUAAAAUCUAUUGUUUUGCCCCUAGAAGGCCAAGCGAGAAAUAAUCGCCAAACUUUAUUGUUAUUAUUUUUUUAUUGCCCAAAUCAUGUUUGCACAUCUACAACCAGCGUGUUAUACAUUUUCUAUGUAAAAUGAUAAGUUUUUGUGUUCAAAAGAGCAUUUCUAUUACCUGGGUUGGUUUCACCAGAUACUUUUGUGCGAGAUCCCUUUUCUGUAGAAACCGUGAUAGUUAGUAAUAUCAGUUGUUAAAAAAAGGGAAUCAAAACCAUGGAGCUAGAGUAGGUUUUGUAAAUUCUAGGUCUACGAAGAAGAAAACCAAGAGCAUCCAUUAUGCAAUUACGGGGAUAAGGGUGAUAAGUAUCUUAACUCAAAUCAAGAAGUUGAUCUUUUUGUGGGAACUGCAUCAGUCGCUCUCGUGCAAUCACGUGGUAGAUGCCUCGAAUUUACCCAUUGAUGAUUUUUUCGAAGUGACCAACUGUUUCACGGAUAAGGUUUGCAUAAUUUGCAGAUACCGGCUACAAUAAUAUGUUGGACAAGGCACGCCACAGAGCAUUGUUUGACCAUGCAAUCAGAAGAGUGGUUCCACGAUUUCUUUCUUUAGAAAAUUGUGGUACUGCUGUACGCAAGGAAAAAGAGCUUGUUGGUCUUUGAUCACUUCGUGAUUUGCUUAGUUUACUGCUCAGAAAUAUCUUAAGAUGGGGCUUAU